CAAAUAAUUCACCUCAAAUACAGAUAAGGAUCCAUAUAAGUGCUUUUUAUCAAGUGAGUUUCCGUAUUUUACAAGCUUGCCUAACCACUCCCAUGUAAUGACUCCACACAAGUUGAAUGUUCUACAGUUAUUUAGUCUUGAUAUAUCUGUCAACUAUUAGUGAAAUAAAUCUCAGAACUCAACUUGAUCUAAAAUGACAGACUACUUGAAAUCUCCAUUGUUCCAGUUCAAAGUAGGAGAGCUGAUAAUCUCAUUGAUAUGUGCUGGAAUUUUCCUAGCUAGGAGCCAUCCAACUACGUCAGUACUAUUAACUCAAGUAGUAGAUUUUACAAUUUUUGGAUUCAUACUGCUCAAUACAGUCAUUAUAGUAACAGUAGUAUUACAAGAAGCUGGGCAAUGGUCAAGAACUAUGUUCAUGAUAAUAAGUGGAGUGGGAGCAGUUUUAUAUCUAGUUACAUCAGUAAUCAUACUUGUGGAGUACUUUGGUUCAAACGGAACAGCCAGGCAUUUGAUAGCUGGACUUGCAACACUUUUUAAUUGUUUCGUUUAUGGAUUCGACACAUUUUAUAUUGUGACAUAUUUCGAGGGCUGAGUGAGUUACCAAGUAGGAAUCAACGACAAGAAACAUCCACCUUCUUGUGAUAGCGGAAUAAAGUAUUCUCUUUGAAUACCGGUGUUUAUUUUUUGUAUUUCGUGAACAAUGCAUGAUAAAGUUAUGGAAAUCAGUAGGGACCAUAAGUAUAGAAAAUCUAGUUGCAGGGAAAGUAUUCCCAAACCAAAAUAUCUUAAACUUUCGUGUUAUUUUAGCAUUAGGCUUUCAGUUUCACAUUUAAGGUCUAUAUUGAGUCAAAUAUGAAUAUUUUAGCUAUGAUGAGGCGAUUAAUUAAAGGAAUGAAUGGAUAAAAAUUAACUCAGGCGAUAAGGAAAAUAUCAAAAGAUUCCACCAAAUCAAACAAUGAUUAUGAUUUCUCCUGCGAGGUAAAAUCAUUUUUUUGCUCACACUUAUUGCUAAAUAUUUAUUUUAAGAACACAAUUAUUGUUAAUUCCGCUUACAUUAGUGUACAAUUAAUCAGUGUUCUCAUCAAUCACGGAAAAGUUCCACAACAUCAGUUUGUAUUCAAGAUAUUUUUUUCAUUUAACAGGUUUCAUCAAUUGUUUCCAGGACUGCAAAUUGAGCUUUCUCCCUAUUUUACUCAACUGAAAUGUUCUUUAUCAACCUUAAAUUAAACUUCACUUCGAUCA